UAAGAGGACAAAAGGUGGAAAAGGGAAGAAUGGAAGCCAGAAAAAGAGAGGGAAAAAGAAAUCUCUAGCUUCUGCUAUUGAUGUUGAUGCACUUCUGAUCAUCUGAAAAAAUUAACACGUAAAAUGAAGGAGAAAAGGUUCCAUGGGCAAAUAAACAUUCAAGGGUGUCUCAGAUGACAGUAGACUCCAGCCAGAGGAGAAAUGAAGUCAAUGCACUGAACAAGGAAAGAGCAUCACAAUGCACAGUGAUUGUACUUCAUGUGAUACAUCCCUAAGAGGUGAGAGAGAGUACAAAUGCCUACAGUGUGGAAAGGGCUUCAGUCGGAGCCGUAGCCUCAUUUCCCAUCAAAGAACUCACACUGGGGAGAAACCAUAUAAAUGCAUGGAAUGUGGAAAGAGCUUCAGGCAGAGCGGUGACCUGAGUUUACAUCAAAGAACUCACACUGGAGAGAAACCAUAUAAAUGCACGGGAUGUGGAACGAGUUUCAUUAAAAGCACUCGUCUGAGUUCCCAUAAAAGAACUCACACUGGAGAAAAACCAUAUAAAUGCAUGGAAUGUGGGAAGUGCUUCUGUUGGAGCAGUGACCUGAGUAGACAUCAAAGAACUCACACUGGGGAGAAACCAUAUAAAUGCAUGGAAUGUGGAAAGAGCUUCAAUCAGAACAGUUCCCUGAAUUCACAUCAAAUAAUUCACACAGGGGAGAAACCAUAUAAAUGCAUGGAAUGUGGAAAGAGCUUCAGUCACAGCACUCACCUCAGUUUACAUCAAAGAACUCACACUGAGGAGAAAGCAUAUAAAUGCAUCGAAUGUGGAAAGAGCUUCAGUCAGAGCACUCACCUCAGUUCACAUCAAAGAACUCACACUGGGGAGAAACCAUAUAAAUGCAUCGAAUGUGGAAAGAGCUUCAGUCAGAGCGGCCUUGGCUCCUGCCUAUCAAGCUCAUUUUGA